AUGGAAAGUAACAUAAAGAUUUUGUUGACAAUAUUGGUGUUUGUGAUGAAUACAGAUUAUACUUUCUCGGCCAAGUGUUAUGAGUGUGCAAGGUGUCCAUUUCCAUUCAAUCGCUCUUCUAGUUUCGUUAGCAUCAGAAGUGGCUGUAAAUGGUGUGUGUCACUUUCAGUUGGCAGUCCAUAUUUCACAACUAAACACUGUGCAGAUUGGUGUGAAUCAAAAGAAUUUUUUAAGGAAUAUAAUAAUUACAAUUAUACAUGUUGUAAUACAAAUCUUUGUAAUGUCAGUUCAAAAAUCUGUACAACUUAUAAAAUACUGUUUUUACCUCUACUGAUAAUUUAUUUUUAUUUUAAUGUUGAGAAAUAAAAACACAGUUGAUAAUAUAUCUGUCGACUUUUCAUCCAAUCCAGAUGAUGUCUCAUUCAUCAGUUGUAGUGAUAUUAAUAACUUUAAACAGUAAGAUAUUUUCACAUUUCUCUUUUUUGUAUAUGUGGAUAUGCUUGUUUAUCAGACACAUUUAAUCGUUCUAUGAAGGAAAUGACAUGUUAUGAACUGUUUACUAUGAUACAUCGUGAUAACUUUUGUGUGUUCACAUAGCCAUAUUUGUUCAUUCAGUAACUGAAUUGUAUGUUACUUGACAGUACUGUUUGAAUGAUCGAUGUAAGCAAAGUUAUGGUGAGAGAUAUUGAGAAAAAUUUCCAACUAAUUUUGGUGUUUUUAGUGCUAUGUCAUCUGAACUAGUU